UGAGAGGAAAGCCGUGGAAAACCUUUGUUAUUAAUUUUCUUUGUAGUUUGUAGCUUGUAUUGAAGCAUUUUCAGUUGGGUCGCAAUAAAUCCGUGAUGUGUUUUUUAUAGAUGAAUAAUUCGUUAUAAGUUUUUACGUUCAGUGAGUAGGUCAUGGCAGUUCAGUUAUAUUAUUUUACAAUGUGAAUGUGAAAUCGUCUGACGUGCCUACACAAUGGAAUCUGUGUAAAUAUCCAGUACAACAGCACAGUGGAAGCAUGUCUUCAGUCGGCCAGUUAGUACCGCAGGUCACUCGGGGGCCUCCCAACAUGACGAUAAAGUUCAACGGGCCCCACAUAGAGGGCUCGUUCUGCUCAAUGAUUGACUACAACUACGACCCAGUCAUCAGUGUCAUCUGUGCUAUGUACAUCAUAUUUGGCAUUGUGUACACACUAUUUGGAUACCGAUGUUUCAAAGCGAGUAUGUUUCUCACUGGAUUCACAUUCGGCUCGGCGAUCGUCUAUCUUAUCUGUCUCCAAGAAUACCUGAUGCCGCCCUACGGAAAUGUUGGCGUGGCAGUCUGCGCUGGUCUGCUGUUUGGACUGAUCACGAUGCUGAUCCAAUACGUGGGACUGUUCAUGACGGGCUUUCACACUGGCCUGUUGCUGGCCAUCGCUGGCCUGGCCAUAUACGACCACUUUCUGGAGACCAGACCAAAUACGUACUGGCUGUGCGUCGUGGUGGUUCUGCUGGUCUCCGGCAUCUUCUUUGCUGUUCUCAACUUGUACUGGAAGAAAGUGUUGACGGUGUUCGGCACGAGCGUUUACGGAGGCGCCGUGCUCGCAACUUGCCUCGACUACUUCUUGGAGCGCAUGAUAAUGCUCAAAUGGGUGUGGGAGAGGGCAAAGUUGGAGCCGGCCGUGCCGCCGCCGUGCCGCCUGUCGUGGCUGGCGUUGGCCGCGUGGCCCGCCGCCGCCAUCGUGGGCCUGUGCGCGCAGGCCGCGCUCACCGCCACCGGCUUGCACCACGAGCAGAGCAUAAGCGCGCAGAAGCGGCGGCUGAAGGCGGCGGCGGCGCGACCGGUGACGCGCGAGCAACGCGCAGAGAUGAAGCAACGCAAGUACCGCUACCUGUACCAAGUGCGCACCGCGCAUGGUGACGUCAUCUCUCAGUCGUACGUACAAGCGCUGCAGAAGAAAGCGCAGUGUGGCAAUUGGAGCGCGGGCGCGGGGGUGGCCGGGCUGAGCGGGGGCGAGUGCAGCACCCUGCAGAGCGACUCCACGCACCUCACCGUGCUCGCCGGCUCCGACCACGCGCCGCACACCGACUCCGACGACGACCUCAACCAGAUCCGCGCCGCGCACUAGCCGGGUUAUUGUGACGACUGAAGACUCCUCGAACGUAGGAAUACGAAAAGAAAGAACGUAUAAUGCAUCAGUUUUGAGAACGCAAUCGCCAUAUUUGCUCUAUGUGUCAACUGUCAUGACAGCAUGAGUCCUGAGAAAUAGCAGGCAAAGUAAUUAAAAGGAACCGAACCAGGUAAUGAAGGGGCAGUGUUGUUUAUUAUUGUUAAAUGCAAAAAUUAACAUGGGAAAAACUACAAGUUUCGUUUCCUUUCAACUUCCAAAAUUUGAUGAUAAAAUUUAAUUAUAACAAAUCAAAUAAAAAUAAUUUAAAAACUUCUAUGACAUCAUGUCAGAGGAAGCAACAACGCUUGUCAAAAUAACAAGUGUUAUAAAAACACUGUCAUGACAGAAAUACUGUUUACCCUUAGAGUAAGGACUAAAUCGUACUUUUGACAGACAGUUGACACACAAGCAAACAUGGCGAAUGCUAUCUCAGAAUGUAUGCAGUGUAAUCAUUUGAAACAUCCAGUAUUAUCUUAUAAGAGAUCCACUCAUCAAGUUAACUUUCCCUCGUAUUAUUAUUGUAUUAGCGACGUGUAAGUAUAUAAUUUACUUAUAAUUACACCUAUUGCGAUUUUAUAUGAUUGUAUGUGUAACGGAGUUCAGGGCCUAUCUUUUGUUUUACAUUUGUUAUUAUAUGUUUUGAAUGUAGUUGUACUAUCGGCACAAGAUCCCAGUGCUGCUAGAAUAUAACUAACUGUUUUCUGAUAAACAAAAUGUGUGGAGUAGUGUUGGGUAAAUGCCGCCGGCUACUUUUAGGAAGGUCAGCAGCACGGCCCUACAAAUGCACUUCCCUAACGGAGAGCCCACGGUCGAUGACAUCGAAAGGGCCUACUGGGAAAUGGUCCUUCAGGCCACGGACCACAUAGGAGUGUACACGGCUUCGGUCGACACGAGCCAAUUUGAAAUUGGAUUUACUACAAAUCCCAGCGACCCUAUAAGCAAGCAUCUAUGGAAUUUGAAAAACAUACGACAAAAUGAAGCAAAUAUCAUGCAAAUAGCAUAAAUAAAAUGGGGUAUUCUUAUACCUGUAUUUUUGUUACUAAACUUAACUCCUUCAUAACGUAACUUUCCAAGCUAAGAUUUAAGUUAAAGCAUAACUUUUAUAGUGGCCAAGAUAUAUUGCUCAGCGCAAGUAGGAUUAACGUACGUCGCGUCGCUGAAAAAACACAUUUAGCGAGAACUUAAAGCUAAUGGUAAAAUUUUGGCUAUGCAGCUAAAAAGCUAUAAAACCUGACUUUUUGUAAAUUAAUCCUAUUCAACGUAAACUUUUUUUACGUGGCCUGUGCAAAGUUGUGGCGCCGCCCAGUUUUAAACCGGAGUGUAAAACAACAGGCUUGGACCGCGUGACUGCCGGCGCCCAGUAACCCCCCCCGCUUUUUUAAGCGGUGGGGUGACGGGACGCUAGAAAUGUGCGCUAUACGAACUUAAUUAGCCAUCCACAACGUGUUUUUCCCUAGGCCGCCCUUUGGUGGACGGCCUAGAAGUUAACUUACCAAAAAUGUUCAGAGUAGUUCAGGGGCUUGGGGGAUUCAAAGAGGUAUCAAUAAAAAAGAAAUGGACCAAAGUAGCAGAUGAGAUGAACUUUAUCAAAUUAGCAAACCCAAAAAAAAAAGCUUGACCAGUUAUAUGUCAAGUAUAAUAUAUACUCCCUUACGACAUAUUGACUAACCAUGAAGGAAAUUACCACCGACGUGAAUUGACUGGUAGUAUUGAAUAUUAAUUUUUAACAAUUAACAUAAUUAGUAAUGAAAAAUGUAGUGAGUAGUACGCGACAGGUCGAGAUACGAGAACGCAUAUCAGACCACAUCAUCACUUUCCAUCAGGUGUUAUUGUGGUCAAGCGCUUGCCUACAGUGAAUAAAAAAAAAGAUGACAAUUGGGGUGGGGAAGUCCCGCACAGCCGCUCAGCCCUACACCAUCUAGCCUACCACAAGUUGUACAUGCUAACACUAACCCACGCAUUUUGUUUCUCAUAAAAUAAGUAAGGUCUGGCGGUCCUUGGAUCUUGCUGUAUAUAUCGUACGAGACAGGUCGAGAUGGCAAUGCGGUAUGAGGCGUCAGGACGCCCCGCACACCCGCACGUCGCCCGCGCUUUCCCGCACUGAGUUAACGCAGGGGCUGCGGGUGUGCGGCACAUCCGCAUACCGAUUGCCAUGCCGAUCUGUCACGCACUAUACAUAUAAUGCCGUGUUUACUGAUUAUACCAAACUAUUAUAUAACGAAGUUAAUAAUAAUCAAUUUAUCUGUAAUUUAUCGACAAGUUAUUCAGUAACGUUGGUACAUGUCAAAAAUAUGUAGUCCCUUUCGACAAUUAUCAACGUUACUAAAUAACGUAUAGACAGAUUAUAGAUAGAUUGAAUAACGACGAAUGACGACGACGUUCGCCAAACGAAACUAAUGAACGAAUUGCAUAAAAGAUUCCAGAUUUCAACAAUCCUCUUUUGAAUCAUCAUAUAUAAAGUAUGAAAUGAUUUUCAAUGAAUUGAUUUGUUUUGAUUGUUUUUGAAGCUGUCUAGAGAAAGAUAAAACACUAAGCUUUCGUUCUAAGACCCGAAUAGAGGUAGUCUGCAAGGUUUAAUGAUAUGAAAGUCAAUCUACCAACAUGACGGCUUAAAAAACUAUUGCGUCUCGUUUCGUUAUUUUCAAAAAAAACUUUUUUUGUUACUUUAAAAAAAACGAAAUUUUGUUUUUCCUUAUACAAGUUAGCCCUUGACUGCAAAUUUUACCUGGAGUUAAAUGAUGACGCAGUGUCUAACGUUCGCAAACGCGCUCCGUCUUAGGCCGCAUCAUCACUUACUUCUCUCAGUAGGUCUUAUUGCAUCCAAGCGCUAGUCAAAAAAAAAUAUGCGCAGAGCUAACUUGGAAGGGGGAAAUCUAAUAAACUGAUACCCCUAAUAAUUUUCUAGUCUUGUUCUAAUCGCUUGGCCACCUAUUUGACGGUUUAGAGUUCCGUACUCAAUAGUAAAAAACGGAACACCUAAGUUGGCUUGGUAUGAGAAACGAAAAUUCCACAACUGAUAAUCAAAACACUGCCAUUUAGGAACAUAGUUUUGGUACAAUGUAUUUAGAUGUUAAAUGAUUGGCCUUGGACCCCCAAAUAUCAGAGGUGUUUCGGACACUUAUGUAAGUUUGUUCGUAUGUACGUUUGUCUGUUUUACUAUAGGUGAGUCAUUGUGAACGGGGUCAUAAAUCAUUUUUGUCAGACCUCUCUCUCGCACUUACAAGCCUUAUGCUGGAACUUGAAGCUCUGGUGUUGUGU